AUGGGAGUUAAAGGGUUGUGGGACCUUCUGGCGCCUGCCGGCCGGCGCGUUGCCGCAGGGAAUUUGAAAGGGAAAAUCGUCGCGGUCGACGCAGCCAUUUGGCUGGUUCAGUUUCUGCAUGCGAUGAAAUUGCCGGACGGCUCCCCGAUGCCCGCGGCCCAUCUGGUGGGUUUCUUCAAUCGCCUGUGCCGAUUGCUCUUCUUCGAGAUUCGCCCAAUCAUCGUCUUCGAUGGCCCGCCUCCGUUCCUCAAACGGCAGACCUUGCUGGCCAGAAAGAGGCAGAGACAACAGCAGGAGAAGAAUCUCCGUUCUGUGGUGGCGCGGCUUCUCCUGAAUCGGCUGAAAGAGAAACGCCGCCAAGAGCAAGAAGGCGCUGCCACGACCCAAGACACAGCCUCGCAGGCACCGGGUCCUCAUGACAUCGUGAGCAUUCCGGACACACCAACUCCGUCUUCCGCUUCUCUGGUCCCAUCAAAGUCCCCUACACCUCCUCCGGCUGCCUCCCCACGUGACGAUCCUUCUCAUCUGUCUGUGCCCGCCGCUGCCUCGUCCUCUGCUCUCGCGAGGCGGGGCGACGUGGACGGAACUGAAGGCGGCCCUUCCUCGAGGUUGUUCUCCAGCGGCGAAGAGAGCGAGGCGGAGGGCGGACGAGCUCGGCGGCCCGAUCCGGAGAGUGGCGAAAAGAAAGGGGGGAUUUGCACCCGCAGCCGGCGGCGCUCGUUCGCCGCCAGCGACUCCUCUGAGGAACCACUCGACGUCGAGGACACGAGCGAUGAGGACGUCUCAGUUGAGGCAGAGACACGCAGCCGGUCCCUCGCCCCUCCAGUGCCGGAGGAACUUCGCGGCUUCCUGAGCUCGCGACGCCAGUUGGGCGACUUGCCGAUGCCGUCGGUCCUCUCCAUGCCCGCCAGCGCAGCGUCGACGAAGGCCUUCGAGAAUCUCGGACUGCCCAGCCUAAUCAAGCGAGGCCAAGAUGGCGAGAGCCGCAAGAUCGUGAGGCGCGCCGAGGACUUUAAGGCAUACCGCCUCGAGGACGAUUCGUUCGUCCAGCUUCCUUUGGACGCCGAGAUCGACCAGGAAGUCUUUGACCUUCUUCCCCCGAAAGUUCAGUUCCAGAUUUUGACCCAGCUUCGCGACGCGUGGCUGCACGAUAGCCGGGUGAAGGCCCUGCAGGCGAAGAACAAUAUCUUUGUUUUUUCGAACAUUCAACUGGAGUCCUACAUUCGCAGCGUGCAGGCGAACCAGCAGUUGACCACAGUGAAGAUGCGUUUAGCGGCUGCUCAGCACCAAGAAGGGGAGUCCUCGCGCCUAGAUGCGGCGGAGUCGCGUCAUCCUUCGUCCUCGUCCUCGUCUGUUCCUUCUUUUUCUGAGCCGGGGAUUCGUCUCCCGUUGCCUGCAUUGCCCAGCGUCGUCGGCCGUGGGGGGAAAGUCGAUAUUAAAGGGGAGUGUUUGAGUCCAGACACGUCUCCUGCGUCCUCACGGCCGCGCCCCGCGGUUUCGUCUGUUCGCGCUCGGCCUCUCCACCUCUUUUCAGGAGGCAGGGAAGUAGAGGCGGUCGGUCGAGGCGGCCAGGCGCUGGCGGCGGAGUGGACGUCUCUCUCAGGCGCCCUGUCUGGUGCAGCGACCAAGCCGGCGGCGCGGGGCACCGCUGUUUCCGCCUCAGAGGACCGCGCGUUUGCUCUCGAUGGCGGUCUGAAGCUGCCGAAACAAAAAGGAUUCGUGAAUGAUUUAACUCGGCUGGCGAGGCCUCUAGACGCCCCGCGAGAAGCCGCCGUCCUAACUCCGUCCGAGCUGCUCGCCUCGGCCACAAAGGCGGCCAGACAGGUCGGUGCUGGGAGGGCGGGCUCGCCGGCGCAGAGAGGGGACGGAAGAGAUCUGUGGACCAAGUUGAAAGAGGAGGAAGAAGGCCGCCGCCAGAGAAUCCGCGAGAAGCGGAGGACGGGGAGGUGUCUCCGGGAGGACGAACGAGAAGAAGACGACGACGUCAUCGUCACGGGGUCCGGAGAGAAGCAGCACAUCGCGCUCCUGGACGACCGGGAGAUCUUCGGCGACGCAUUCUUCGACUCCAGUUUCGAGAGCUCGCCGUCGGGCGGUGCGCCAGGCGACGGCAGGAAGGCCACCCCCGGGACGGAGCCUCUCCGUCGCCCAGCGGCCGACCCCGUCUGUCUCCUGGAGGCCGACGAGCACGAACGGCAGCCGAGGCGGGGGCGACGGGCGCCUGCUGCCGUGACGGGGGAAGCCCAGGAGGCAGUGGCAGUUGCCGAAGAGACUCACGAGACAGCUCGGGUUCCCAGAGGCCCUCACGGAGAAGUCGUGACCGUUGAAGACGAAAGCGACGAGUUUGACGAUUGCAUUGUUGACACCAGUGACGAGAUUAGUCGUGCACCGCAAACGCCUUCCUCUCCGUGUCUCGCUGCUGCUUCCUCCGCGUCCACUUCUCUGCCUGCGGCGACGCCGGUAUCCCCCACGGGACGCUCCGGCUCUUCUGCGGCUUCAGUGCCUUCUACGUUGCCUCGACCAGGCGACGCUGCCGGUCCAGCGUCCGGUUCAGAUCUCCUCAGCCAUGACACUCAGGCAGCAGAGCGAGGCGAGGGAAGAACACGCGAGGAAGAACGCAGAGAGCAAGAAGGCGUCGCAAGGAAUCCAGGGCCAGAGGCUCAGGCGGCGGCACAAACUCAGGACCCGCCUGUGAGGCGGCCGCGAUGGGUGAGGAGACGUGGAUUCGGGCGGACUCCAAUCAGCAGAGCACCGCCUUCCUCUUCACCCGCGCCUUCUGGGCAAGUGCCCGAGGAUGCCGAUUCGUCUGCUGAGUCGAAGAUGUGUUCCGUUUCGUCGUCAUCCGCAGGAUAUUCGUCUGUGUCUCCGUCGCCCGUCUCCUCCCCUUCCGCGGGUUCUUGCGCCUCUUCGUCCUGCUCUUCUCGCCCUUCGGCGCCUGCCGCACUGGGGAUGGUGCCUGCUGGUGACGCGGUCCGGUCUCCGGGGAAUCCCGGGCGGCGUUCCGAGGACGACCGCCUGUCCCAGGGAAGAGAAACGCGCAGGCGUUCGUUUGAAGGGAACCGGCGAGAGCGGCAAAACAGAGCUCCGUGUUGCGCUUCGCCAGAGAAAGAGACCGUCGGACGUCGCUCGAGAACCCAGGAUUCAUCGGGUCUCGGCCACACUGCGGCAGCUUGUGCGGACCCGCCGUCGCUUGGCGAGACCAGUGUAGGACACCGUCGCAGUGGUACGCUUUUGAAAAGCUCUCCGGGUCAGUGCACGCCACGGCCACGCCGCGCGGACGCAAACACGAGGCGGUCCAGCGGGGGCGUAGCGCAGAGCGAGAAAGGAGACACCGCUUCCUCGUCUCCUCCGCUCGUUGUGGAGCGCGAGUCGGCGGCCGCUGCCGGGAGUGCGGGGAAGGAGACUGACCGACAGACGAAGGACGAGAAGAAGGAAGUGGGAGCGGACACUGCAGAAGACCUCGUCGACAAACUUCUCGCAGAAUUAGGCACUGUCUCGUUUCCACAGGAAGCGGGGCACCGUGCGUUCGGGGGAGCAGAGGGGCGCUGGAGCCGUGCGCGGGACGGGGGAGACACCGAGAAGGACGACAGAGAGGGAAGGAAGAGAAGGCAAGAGGAAGAAGGCGAGUUCAUGCAACUCUGGCUCGCCGUGUUUCCUCAGCUCAAGGAGCAUUUGCCGGAGGACCAGCGCAAAGGCCAUGACAGCAAGAAGCCCGAGCAGUCCGGGAAACUGGGCAGUCUGUCUGAUGACUCAGCGGACGAAAUAGGUGCCGAGUUGAAAGACGACGGUGCGGCGGCGAUUGAGGAGAGAGAACGGGACACAGACGGGCUGCGCGUCUGGGACGGUCUCUUCUUCGACACAGAAGCAGGAGUCUCCCCUGGGAGGGCUGCGAGAGAACGCCACGAAACCGAAGAACUCCCUUCGAGUGUCGAGAGAGAACAACGCGCAAAGUCAGUAGAAGCAGAAAUGCGAACGCAUGCCGGACGCGCACAAGGACACCCCAAGCAGACAGAGGGAGAGCCGAAAGGGGAACCAAAGAGGGGAGGCGCAGCUGGAGCUUCUCAAGGUCUCCAGCCCCGGCUGCCGUCUUCGCCCGUUUUCCCCACAGGGCCUGAGAUGAUCGACGAGCUGUCAACGCCUCCUCCGGCCUCUCGCUCGUCUCAGUCGGCUUUGAUGACGAUGGGCGGAAGCAGUGCGGACGAACAACUGCGGGAGAAACUGGAGGAGGAGAAGCUCCUGCUUCUUCAACAAGCGGGCAUGCUUCAACAGCAAACAGGAAAUGUCACAGAACGCAUGAAGGACCAGGUCGUGGCUCUGCUUCGCGCCUUCGGAGUCCCCUUCGUCACCGCCCCCGGUGAAGCAGAAGCAACUGCAGCGUAUUUCACCGCACAAAACCUGGCCGAUGCUGUGAUAUCUGAUGACAGCGACGCACUUGUCUUUGGCGCGCGCGAGAUCUAUCGGAAUUUCUUCGAGAACAAGAAGAGCGUCGAAAUGUACGAAGCGAGUUUCAUCGCUCACAAACUGGGCCUUGACCAACAGCAGCUCAUUCUUCUUGCUAUGCUUCUAGGAUGCGAUUACACCCUUGGCGUUAAGGGUAUAGGCAUCGUGAAUGCCGUAGAGGUUCUUCGCGCGUACCCUUCUCUGGAUGCACUGCGUGCAUUUCGUGCCUGGGCAGAAGCACCUUGGACUUUAGGCAUAGAGGCAGCCGAUUCUGCAGAAGUUCGAAAGUAUAAAGAGGCGCACAAAAACUAUCGGCUUCAGUGGUUGUUCCCUCACGACUUCCCUUCUCCCGAAGUCUUCGACGCGUUUGAAUCCCCUCUCGUUGAUCGGUCGAGGGAGCCGUUCUCGUGGGCUGUGCCCGACGUAGAAGCAAUUGUCUCGAUUAUGACCCAUGCUGGGGGACUGCGACGGAGCGAAGUGCUGGACUGCCUGCUUCCCGCUGUGAAACGCUAUACAGCGGCGCAUGCGUUUCAGCGGCAGACGAGGAUCACGGCUUUUCUCCCCUUUGUUGAAAGGAAUAACAAAGCCGCGUCAUCUGCGGGGGCUAAUCAAGAAGGCAGGACGGGCGAAAACCUUGCUUAUGCCACCCUUGCAAAAGCAGCAGAGGCCGCCGAAGCUGCGGAGUCCAAGAGAAAAACGGGCAAGAGAAGGAACGGUGACACGAAAAGCGGAAGAGGAGACGAGGCGCCUCUGGAUGACACACAAGUUAGGCAGGGAGACGGGGAAGAAGAACGGGAGACACAGCUGGAAAGUGUUGCAGUGUGGCAAGAGAGAGAAGAGAGAAGAAUGCGACACGACCAAGCAUUUACCGAAUGCAGCGCAGAGGCGCAGCGUCAGGACGAUGAAGACGCGGUGGGCAUUAUUCGCAGCGAGAGAAUGCUGAGGGCAGUAUCUGUGUUGGGGCAGCGGCGCAUGAAGGGACAGCAGACCACCGCAGCGAGCGGACUGACGGAAGAGGAAGCAAAGGGAAAGGAAAAAACGGUGUCAGGUGAAGACGGCCGCAUUAACGGCGCAGGACGGGAGAAAGACAGAAAAUCUGGGGAUACGCAAAUGGCGGAAUCUGUCCGAGACACUGCUUCCGUCGACUCUGAUCACGAGAAAAUAGAGGGGAAUGACAAGAAGAGAAUGAGACACGGAUCACCCUGCGGUGUUGGGAUGUCCGAUCUACGCGAGGAGGACGCCGCAUUACUUGCUACCAUGCUGCAGGAGCUGGAUGCGGACGCUCACCUCGAGACUGUGGCUGCUGCCGCCGAAGCUGAGUUGGAGAACAGCCUAUAG